GAACUGUGGUUGGUGAUAGCAUUGAAGAAAGAAUAAUAAUUUAUUUAUUGACAACUGUUGUGGCCACAAAUAAAUGAAAAAUAAAGUCCACUUUGUACCAUUACAACUGAAAUACCUCAAAAUAAUUAUUUAACAAAAUUGGUAGGUACAUAAUAUUAAAAAUAACCAUGUGCUUUAUCAAAAUUGAUAAAUGACAUUGUAAUACUUACCCAACCUGCACUGGUGUUGAUAUUUCUAUCUUACUUUUAAUUAUGCAAUUCCAAGCAAGACUUAAGUAACUUUGAACUUUGGAUGGACACCAUCACUUGUUAUUUAUGAUGUUUCACAGAAAAUAAGAUACUUAUAAGAAAAGAUACAAAAAUAUAAUUAUAUACAUAUAAUUUAGUAUAUUUGCAAAUAAAAUAUUACUUAUUUCAAGACACAAAUUUCUACCCCCAGAAUUUAUCAUUUUGAUUUUAUAGAAAAACAUCUUCUUUUCAAAAUUAAAAUAAUAAUAUAUUAGAAGGACAGAGAACUGAUAAUUAUACCCGCAUUUACUGUGAACAUCUCUAUCUCAUGGAAGUAAACAAUCAGGAUCAUUUAUGACUAUUGCUAGUGUAAAUAUUGCACAAUAUACAACACCAACAUAUUGUCAAACCACUUAACAUAAACAGAAAAUCAAUAUACCACAUGCUUGUCCUCACAUUAUAAUAACAAGUUAAACAAUAAUAGCACUUUCACAUUAGUUCACCUAAAAAUAAACAAUGAAAUGCAACUCAUCAGUGACACAUUCCAUAUUUUCUAUGUUUGAUACGAGCAGACAUUAAUCAAGGAAUAAAACAGGUGUUGUUUUGUCAGACUUAUUAGAGUGAAUAAGGAGUCAGGAACAAUGUCGGUCAGUAUAUAAGCUACUCACUCGAGUCCAACAGACAUGAGGUGCUGCCCGAUGAGCCGCACGAUCUCCUGGUCAGUCUGGCUCAUACGCAGGCCAGGUGGCUGCACGUCGCCAUUGCUAGCUGGAGCGUCCCCGUUGAUAUGAAGGGGUGGCGCUCCAUUGGCGCACGGCUGGUGCGGCUGAUGCAUUGCCGCGGGCUGGGCGGGCGGCGACAGCCUGCGGGUCCGCUUGCGCGGCGGCCGGUGGCCUGCGCCCUCGUCCCCCGACCCUGAGUCAGUGGAGGCCAGGCUGGCCCGCUCCGCUCCGCGUCCUCGCCGCGCUCCCCGGAGCGCCGAGAUCACGAGCUCGCCCGCCGCAUCGGCCUCGUCGCUGCGGCCUCGUGACGUCACGGCCGCCCGCUACGCACCGUCCGCGCUCAAUGGACCAUCUCCCUUUGUUCGUCGCAGCAGAAUGAUGCUUCUCCGUUGUUCUCUUCGAACGUUUCGUUGUCCUCGAUUGCACUGUUUCCACGCGUUCCUGUGAAUUGUGCCGUCACGAUAAGCUUCGAUAAUUGGUUAAUUUUGCUGUGUUCGCUGGCGUACACAAAAAUCAGCUGAAUAUGAAACGACAGCAGCUGUCUUUCUUCGCUAAUGCAACAUCGCCCUUCUUUCCGUUUCGUUUCGGGUGACGUUCGUUCGGUCCCGUUCGGUCGCGCAUCGGGCAGAAUCGUAUUCGUGUUGAAUGACCUCAAAAAACUCAAAAAUAAAAAUAUUGCAUUGCACGCAUUGCGUAAAACCACUUUUAUAUUUUAUAAAUAAACACUUAAAUAUUUUAUAAUAUUUAUGAGUAAAAGAAAAAUGAUGAACAAUUUAAACAAAAGUAACACAUUUAAAACAUCUCAUAGCUCCUGAAAAUUUAGUUUUUUCUUUUGUUAUUAAAAUUAGCCUUUACAUGUUUUAUGUAUAGGCUAAUUACCUACAUGGUACAAAUUAAAAAAUAAUAAUGAUUAAUCCCAACAUUAUAAAUUCGUAUUUUUAGUGUAAACAAAAAAUGUGAAAUGGAACGUUACAUGGAACAUUUACAAAGCAUGCAGUGAGUGACACAUCCAAAGAUUAGGUAUAAACAUCAAUUUGUCAUGAGCAUAGAAUAAUAAUAAAGUGAAAAGUUGUAUUGUGAUUUUGUAAAUGGAAAUAUUUGUUUUUUCCUUUUACAAUAUAUUGUAAAAAUCAUAAAAUCAUGACGAGAACUUUUUUUUGUUAGAUCACAUUCAAAAUAUAAGCUGUAAUAUGUCAUUACUAUGAUUAUUAAAACAAGCGAGCUUUCUAAACAUAUUUCAUUAAAAGAAUGUUGUGAAAAUAGUCCGCUUUACUUUUAUACUUUAAUAUAAAAAUGGAAUUGGUAUGGCAUUUAACAUUCUUAUAUUUAUUGGUGCGACCUACAAAUUUACAAUUACUAAUAAAUGUAAAAAACCAGGGUGGUGAUGUUAUGCAAGAGAACAUAACAGCGAAUGUAUCUGAGGACACUAUUAUACUGGAAUUUUUAAGAUUGGAUGGUGUUUUCAUAUCUCAGCUUGUGGAUUUUACAAAUGAGGUGGAAGCUAUGAAAGUGAUAAUUCCAGCAGAAGAGGAGUUAGGUCAGUCAGGCCACCAGACAUUAUGCUUCCUGACUCAUGGAGCACAGGCUGAUUUUAUAGCACCUGAUGCCAUGGCUAAACUUAGACAAAAAAAUCCGGGUACGGUACGUGUGGCGGAGGAGGACAAGGGAUGGCGGCAGACUACCUUGACGGCGUGGGCGGGUCGCGUCACGCGGCUGCUGUCGCCGGCCGCCGCGCGCCACUGCCGCGCCGCCAACGAUCACGUGUACCUCCGCACCGCCGACCUCGCGCGCUGGCCGCCUAGACCAGGCAUGGAGCAGUCAUAUUCAUCGGCGGUGACCGCGUUCCCCGAGCGAGCACUGCCGGCGGAGGGCGAGGGCCAACUUGCAAUCAGCACAUGCGCUAACACAACCGACGAUACAGACUGUAUAUGCCACUUGGAGGUUUGCGUCAAUUGGUACCCGUGCGGUCUAAAAUACUGCAAGGGCAAACCGCAAGGUGGUCUGAGUUACCGGUGCGGCAUCAAGACGUGCCGCCGCUGUUACCGGUACCACUUCUACGUGCAGCGGCGCGCCUCCUGCGCCGGCCUCUCGUGACCCUGCGCCCGGCGCCUGCGCCAUGCCCUAUUGUGCCAAACCCACCCACUCUAUCUAACUCUAAGCAUAGCUUUAACAUAUUUUUGUAAACAUUAUCUUGUAAGUUCUGACAAUACUAUUAUAUUUAUUCUUGUAAAUAUUGUGAUGUGUUACACAUAUAUUAUAAAGAGGAAAUAAAGAUU